AUGACUUAUGGCAUUGUUAAUGGCCGAAACGGGCGCCCUGACGGAUCACCACGGCUUUGCGGACGUUUCACCUCGUCCGUCCACAUCCACAUCGACGCCCGCACAGGGACCCAGCCCUACCCCUACCCCUCCUCCCCCUCCUCCUCGGACCUCCCGCCUCGCUUAGACAACACAACAAAAAGGAAAGCGCGCAUUUGCGCGGCGCUCGGCCACCUAGGUGGCGUCGCUGGUCUGCUCGCUUCCGCGCACUCGACUCGACUCGCCUCGAACCGAGUCGAAUCGGGGUUUAUGACGUCCCAUUCAGUCCGACGGGGCCUCGUGCCCGCAUCAAUCGUGCAUGAAGCACACAGAUAUAUAAUGCGAUAUCAUCGUGAUACGGAUCGUAUCAAACUUUGCGAGCAUUCGAGACGCGCGUGUCGCCUGCGUGGGAAGCUGAUCGCGGGGGUCCCAGCUGCUGGGGCGGGAGGCUUCUUCGAGCGCCGGCGCUGGGAAGCGCAGCGUGCCGAGGUGGGAGGGAGGGAGCGCGAGGGAGGCUUGUCGCGAUUUUCAGCGCUCGGCGGGAGUCGAGCACGCGUUUCCCCGCAUCGAGCCAGUCAGGCAGUCAGCGCACCGCUCGCCGGGGCUGCGAAAUCGCAAAUGACGGCAGAUAGAGAGGCGCGGAUCGCAGAGGAGGGCAAAUCGCGUCAGGCGGUAUGCGUGGGCGGAGGCCAGCUGGGCGAGACGCACGGGGAUCGAAUGGACGCAGGGCUCCGUGCCACGAUCAGCGGGGCGCGAGCCCCUGCGCACCCGCGUGCAGGUCAGUGUGUGUGGCGGGCGGAGGCGUCGAAUCCUCGCUGCGUCACGCGCGCCGACGCGCCGUGCCGGCAGCGCGCGCUUCGAACGGAGUCGGAUUCAGAUUCGGGGUUCGGGUUCGGGUUCGGGUUCGGGUUCGGGUUCGGGUUCCAGUCCUGUGCCGCCCCGGGCGAGCGUCAGUUGACGGUGAUGGGUGGCUUCCCGACUUCCAUUCCCGGGCGCGACUUCGCGCGAUCGCUGGGCCAAGAAUACGCGACCGUUUCUUGCUGCGGGGGGUUUGGUGCAAGCGACUCGCGCUCGGAGCCUGUGCGAGCGUCGUAUUGGAGCACAGGCUGGGGGGUCGAGGGGCCGCGCGCGCACACGGCCGACGAAGGGCUCGUCGUAGUCAGCAUCGCACGGGCCCGUAUCGUCGUCGCGUCCCGAAAACGCCCAGGCCGCGUCAAGUGA